AUGGCUCCUUCGUCGGAAAUCUACCACCAGCGCACCAACUCGAGUCGGGUGCUGGUGCGCGAGCUAGACUGCGAUCCUUGGGGGAUAACGAUCAAGUACUUGUACAACUCGUGGAUGGUGCAUCAAGUGGCGAGCGGGUCGCCUGCGUUUAUGGCUGGGUUAACCGUGGGUACGAUUAUCGAGGGCGUGUUCGACGCCAGCAAUGUUUGCGAUCCAGUCGACGUGGUGGGGGUGCUGGACGCAUUCCAAGGGCGCGUCGUGUAUGUGAAUGUGAACCAGCCGUACCAGUCGACCAAUCACUGGCGCGAACGCCUCGCGGUGUCGUCGAGUUACCUGCGACACCGUGACGAGUUCACCGCCAGCCACGGCUUCCAUGAUAAAGCAGCCUCGCGCCUCUUGGACUGGGACAAGCGGCACCGCUGGCGCCUCGACGAGAUCAUGCACGUGACGCCCCCGAAUUUGGCCAAGCGACCCGACGGCGACCCACGGGUGACCCUCGAAGACGUAUUUCAAUUGUGCCUUCAGCAGCCUUCGAUCACGUCCAAAGAACUGGAAUCGCGGCUGAAACUGUCUCCAGCGAAUGCGCAGAUAUACCUGGACGAACUGGUAAAACACACGGUGCUUACGGGGCUCGUGGACGGAGCGCAUCACUGUCGAUGCAGGGACGAAGCCGUGUACAAACAUGGAUUGCUGCUGAUCGCAAAGAAGUCGCCAAACCCAGUGGCAACUGACGAAGUGGCGAGGGAGUGUGGGUACGUUCCUCUUGUGGCCAGGGCUGUGGUGAUGCAUCUGGCUGCGGCGGGAUGGGUAGCCUCCACCACCAGGGGCCACGUCCUCGUGAGAAAUGGCGCCACGAGGACCCAGCUGGGCCGGCUUCGGAACAUGGUCGACUAA